AUGUUGAGUAACAUGGUCUUCAAGGCACCAAUUGCCAGAUCUUUGAACACACUGACUCCGGUCGCCACAAAGUUGGCCCCACCAGCUGCUGCAUCCUACUCUCAAGCGAUGAAAUUCAACAAGAUGGUGUUUGUGUCUGGUCAAAUCCCAUACACUCAUGAUAAUAAGCCUGUGGAGGGGUCAAUCUCUAAAAAGGCAGACCAAGUUUUCCAAAACAUCAAGAACAUUUUGGAUGCCAGUAACUCUUCCCUAGAUAAGAUUAUCAAAGUCAAUGUCUUCUUAAAGGAUAUUAACAACUUUAAAGAGUUCAACGGGGUUUACGCCAAGUACUUCAAUGUCCACAAACCUGCAAGAUCGUGUGUUGCGGUUGCUGCCCUACCUUUGGACGUAGACGUAGAGGUGGAAGUAAUUGCCACAGAGAAAGAUUAG